CGGGUCCUACCGACACCUCACGCCUGGGAAAGAGUCGCUGGGUUUGGGCAGCAGGCAAAUCCUCCUCGCUGCUCGCUGCGCUCCGGACCUCCGGCGAGGAGAGAAGGGGGUGGUCUUGAGAAGGAAAACGGGCGUUUUUAGCGCGUGUUGUGCUUAUUAUGAUAUCCUAUGUGAAUAUAUUCAUUUUAUCAGCUCAGCAUGCUCAGUUGCUGGAGGUUUGUGUCUGUUUUUCUAUUGUGUGCUGGCUGGAGCCUGAAGUGGGCGUCGCUCCAGGACAGACUGGGCUGCUCUGGUGCGUCGCUGCCCGCUUUUCUCUCGCAGGACUGCAGCACUCUCAUGUCGUUUUGUAGGUCGACCGACGCCGGAAUUAUGGGAGAAUAGCUUGAUGAGGAUACUAGUCUUGUUUUUUGCGUGACGCUAUGAGCACUGUGGAGUCUUGCGGGCGUUGCGCCGUGGGUUAUCGGGCGCUGUGGAUCCUGUCAGCCAGCAUCGCAUAAUUAAUAAUGAAUGCGUGUAAUUCAGAGUAUAGGCUGCGCGAGGAUGGCUAAAUAGGUUACUAUAGGAAAAAGAACUAUUCUCCAUAUGAGGUUGCGGCAAUUUGUGUCUCUUGGGAUGCCAUGCCCGGCCGCACUGCUUUUAUUUUCACUUCCCGUGAGUCUGUUGUGUUUGUAGCAUCAGAGAUUUCAUGCGCGCUCUGGCUUCCCUCAGAGAUGAUUACAGGGUUUUGCCACCCGAUGCUCCCUGACUGGAGUCGGGUGUAGCCCAUUAGAAGACGAUUGUGAUUGAUUGCUCGUCCAGCCAAUCACGGGGCAGAAUGAAAGCCUGGUGGGCGGAUUGGUCUAGCGGAGCUGGAGAUAGUCCAGGGCAGAAACAAAGACGGGGGAGAAUUGACAGCUACAUCAAUGGGGUGUCACUGGCAGCCUCAGAGGUGGUUCAACACUGCUGACAUCACGGUGGCUCACCAAAGCAGCCUGCUGAAGCAGCUCAACCAGCAGCGCCGCCAGGAGCUUUUCUGUGACUGCAGUGUGCUGGUGGAGGGCCAGCUCUUCAGGGCCCACCGCAACGUCCUGUUCGCCAGCAGCGGCUACUUCCGCAUGCUGCUGUCUCAGGGGCCCGACGGGCUGUCUGACUCUGUCAACGCCACCUUCGACACCUUCAGCCCAGAGACCUUCGUCGUCAUCCUGGAUUUCAUCUACUCCGGCCAACUCGACCUCUCGAGUCACAAUGUGAUUGAGGUGAUGUCUGCAGCCAGCUACCUGCAGAUGAACAAUGUCAUCAACUACUGCAAGAACUUCAUCAAAUCCUCCUUGGACAUCAGCGUGAAAGAUGAAGACAGUGACCGCUGCAUCAGCUUGUCCGAGACCUGCAGUUUUAACAGUGGAGUAGUAGACGAGGCCUCCGAGCAGCAGCAGCAGCAAGGCCCCAGCUCUGUCAGCCCACCACCGGCGCUCUGGACCAGGGACAACUCACGAUCCCAGUGUGGCUUCAUGGGGAAGGACCCAGACCAAGAGUCAUCUUCCUCAGCUCUAAAGACUAGCCCAAGCAGCCCUGCUGAUGAUCUCAAUGCAGAGGCAGACGACCUGCAGGACCCCCAGGACCCUUUGUACACCUUGCCUGGAUCAGAGCGCCGGCGAGGUAAAGGGGGAACUAAGAGGAGAGCAUCCAAUCGCUCCAACCAACCUGAAGACUUAGACAUCGAGGAGGCGAGGACUCAAAAGGCUGAAAAGGCGGAGGAGCUGUAUGCUACUCUGCCACCUAUUUUGGGUGUUAUUGGACACUUUAAUAGAGACUCCAACCCCAUUAUGCGUUUCAAAUGUCCCUUUUGCACACACACGGUGAAAAGGAAGGCAGACCUGAAGCGUCACUUGCGCUGCCACACUGGAGAGAGGCCGUACCCCUGUCAGGCCUGCAAUAAACGCUUUACACGCCUGGAGCAUCUUCGUAGCCAUUUUGAGACGAUACAUCAAGCCAGGAAGCUGGUGUGUAGGAAGUGUAAGUGUCAAGUGACGGACGAGACUGGGCAUGUGGUGUGUGAGGGCACACGACGCUACCGCAUGUGCACCGCAUGCAUCCAGGAAGUGGAUUGUGAUGACAUCCCCAUGGACAGUCUAGAUAGUGCCAGUGAGGAGCCGGCCCUCUUAUUGGGGGUGGACGGGGAAGAGGAGGGGGACAGCAAGAGGAGCUGGAUGGUGGCCGAUGACGACGACGACGACGACCUGGCUGAAGACUCGGGGGCCGACCUCAUCAUCCAGCAAGUGGACGACAGUGAUGAGGAGCUGCAGUGAAAUGGAACCAAAGUGUGUGUGCAGAGAGCAUGCAGGAAUAAUAACCUUUGUAUGUGUGUGUGUGUGUGUGUGUGUGUGUGUGUGUGUGUGUGUGUAUGUGUGUGCUUAAGCCAUGCAAGAGAAUUUAUGCAAAAAAUAUGUGAUCCACUAAUGUAAAUACACACACUUGAUAUAUGUUAGUUGUCGCUUAUUUAAAUGCAACUGGUUAAUCUUUACUUUAAAUGAGAUGUUGACCUUUGUGACAAAGUGGAAUGCUUUUUGCUAAGCUUCAUAAAGAUAUGCAGUAUCCAAAGCUGUGUUUCCUUUGAUUGUAUUAUGGUUAAAUGAUACUCUUUCAAAGAUGUGUUUUUCCAUAUGCAUGGAAGAGCACUCUGCUAUGUUUUGGACAGAAUAAUGACUCUAAUGCUAUUUCCCUACUCGCUGUAAGGAAAGUCAAGAGCGGAUUUUUCCCAAUUUUACACAAAUGCAGUUUUUAUGAUUAUGUUUGAUUAUGAUAUGCACUAUGAUACAAAACCAAUUAUAAUUUAUUUGUUUGUUUGUUUUGUUACUUUUUGACACAUUAAAGAUAUUUUAUAAAUUUC